AUGGACGCUGAGAGCCUACCGGGCUCGCCUUGCGCCGGCACACCAACAACACCAUUGUUGCCAGCAACACCAGAUCGCGUAAACCAACAACGAGAGCCAAACGUCUCUCCGACCCGUUCCGGUCAUCAUCGCGAUAGUAGCAUACAUGAUAAGAUUCAGCAAUUCAAUAACAUGUCGUCGCGCCUCGGACCUCAAACUGCCGCCGCCAUGACCAAGCAGCUCGAACGCAAGACGGCCGACGCCGCACUCAAGCGCGCCAUGCUCGGUCGCGAGGAGGCCGAGAGUGAGAUGCGCCGCUUCAGAGAGGAGGCGCGACUGCUGCGCAAACAGAUCGAGGAGGGCAAGGAGAGGGAGAGAAGAGUUGGCGAGAGAUUGGAAACUGUCAUGGAAAACUAUGGACGCGCUAAAGAGACAUAUUCGCAUACUCAAGCCCUAUGGGAGAAGGAGAUACGACGCGCUCGCAAGGAAACGUUCAAGUCGCAAUCCACCACUGUCAAAUUGCAAGAAGAGCUCAAAGCCGCGAGAGAAGAGCUAAAGAUCACGAGUGCCUCGGCACAAUCCACCGAAGAAAUCCUCGAACGCGAAAAGGAGAGGACCCAAGCCAGAGAGCAAGAGGCUUUUGCUUCCAGGCAUCAACUGGCUACACUACAAGAGCAGCUGCAACAGGCAGUGCAACGCAUCAAUGUCGUUGAGCAGGAGCGUGAUGCUUUCAAGACACUCGCACACAACGAAGAAGUUGCCAGAAUUGCUGCUGAAGGCCGCCUGCCCCUACCGCAGCCCGAGGACAGCGACGAUGAAUUUUCAUCGCCCAAGAAGGAGGCAGCGCCGCUGGCCAGUGUAGAUGUUGUCUCAUCUGCUGCUAGUGAGGCUGAGAUUGAAGAACUGACCCGACUAUGGCAAUGGGAGAGGCAAAGAGCCAACCGUACCCAAGAAUAUCUAGAAUUCCUCGAGGCAGAGUGCCACCUCAAGACGUGCGCUUGUGCCAAAUCAUCAUCAUCCUCAUCCUCCAUGAGGCGCAGUCUCCUGGGCUCAUCGCGCAGAUCUCGGCCGGAUCCUGUAGCCAUCCUGGACCCAGCCGAUCUUGCGAUCCUUGGAAAGCCUCACGACAGUACCCCAUUCCGAUCAUCCCGGUCAUCUGUACCGCCCGAAGAAACUGUCAUUCACCGCUCUGGUUCUACCUCGCCAGCUACAGAGGUGCAGGACAUGCUCCAACUAGAGGAGCAGCCCAAGAGGGCAAAGCAGCCACGAAGAAGCAUGGUUUUCCUCCCAGAACAGGGCACGUUCCGCACAAUGUCACAGGCGGAGAUGGAAGCCAUGCAAAUUGAUGAGGAGCCCUCGUCGGCUGAACCUCCAACACCCGUUGAUGCAGUACCACCGCCUGCGCAUUAUUCGCGCACACCAUCAGUGGAACCGCCUACUUUUGCCAUGAUUAGACAGGAACGGACGUCUCUCCUUUCGCUGCUCAACGCGCCGCGCCAGGAUGAGAACGAAGGAAACGCACCGGUCUUCAACAUUCCGACGACACCAGGAAGCUACCCUGCCUCGGAAGCAGAUUUCGACCAGAACGAUCGUGCCGAGUCGGUCGAGCCUGAACGCACCAGCUUCAGGAAAUCGCAGGAGGACGUCCAAGCGCAAGAACCUGCCGGUCACUACACAACCACUACGACAACAACCCGAGUCCCGCUUCGCGAGGACAGGAAAACAAAUUCCAAAACUUACGCCAUAACCGGGAGACGAGCUCCGUCAAGAGAGCCUUCGAGAGAGCCGUCGUUCGAUAAAAACAAUCCUGCAAUGACGCCCACCAUGACACGCGAGCAAGCAUUGGCGCAAAUAAGGGAACGUCGAGGAAGAGCCCGGAGCGCAGCUCAAGGGGCAGCAACACCACGAAGGCAGAUGGUGACUGGAAACGGUGAACGUAGGGACGUCAGCGCUCCAGCCGGCAGGGCGGCACAGGGCAAGAGCUGA